GUUGUGCAACGUGCGCGUGAUUUUAAAACUCAACGUUAAGGAAUAUUUUCUAAAGUUUUUCCUGGUAAGAAAAAUCAUGAAGCUCAAUGUAAUUUAUGGUGUGAUGUUCUUUGUGAUUUGCAUAACUAUCCCAUGGUUUACUGAAGCAAUGUCUGAAGAAAAUACAAAGAACAUGCUUAAAUUGGCAAUGAAGUGUAAGAAUAAGACCGGAGCAAAGGAUGAGGAUGUGAUGCAUUUCAUGUCAAAAGAUCUUCCCGAUACUAGGACCACUAAAUGUCUCUACGCAUGCAUGCAGGAGCUUUUUGGAAUUAUAACAAAGGAAGGAAGACUUAAAACUCAAGGUAUUAAAAACAUGGCUAAGCUGAUGUUCGAGUUGGACCCAUACCUUCGUAACGUCCUCAUGGAGAUUGCAGAUGAAUGUGCGGACGUUCAGGAUGAUGACCGAUGUGAAUUAGCCUACAAAACCUCUUCUUGUGCAAUUGAAGCGGCCAAGAGAAGGAAUAUUGAUUAUAAAAAAGUUUUCAAGUAAAUGAAAAAUAUGAUUUGUUGGUUCUUAAAUUGAAAUAAAUUUAAUAAACUUAAAAA